AUGUACAAAACUGAAGAAAAAAAAAAUAUUUUCAAUCUAAAAAGACAACACUCAAAUCUCCAAUUUUUUGACACCGAUAACUUUAUAAUCAUGGAAGGGUACCUCCACGAAUCCAUGUCUCAUGCGAAGUGGAAAUCAUUAUCUGAAACUGUUGAUGAAUCUAACAACGUAGUUUCAGAUAAUUUCGAUUGUAAUAUUUGUCUAGACACAGUCCAAGAUCCGGUGGUCACACUUUGUGGACAUCUCUAUUGUUGGCCAUGUGUUUACAAAUGGAUUAAUCUUUCACACAAAGUAAAUACUCUAUGCCCUGUAUGCAAAACCAAAAUAUCUGAAAACACUUUAAUUUCAUUAUACAUCCCUACCUUAACCGUAAAACCAAAUUCUCAAGAAAAAAUAGUCUCAAUCCCACGUAGGCCAUGUAGGGUCCACACUAUGCCACAUCAACAACAUAGUUUACGUGACAUUCGACAAGAAGUACCGAAUGUAAUUUUACGGGCAAGCCCGAUAUCUGGGAUGUUUGGUGAAAUGGUGUGCAAGGGGCUUUUUGGAAAUUCGGAAGAUUUGUUGUCUGGUUAUGGAGAUUCGUAUAGUUUAGCAGGGAUGAGUACGCAAAGGGCGAGAAGACAAGCAAUUCGAGAUGAGAGGUCUCUUGGACGAAUUUGUUUUUUCUUGUUAUGUUGUGUAAUGUUGUGUCUCGUUUUAUUUUGAAUAUCCGAUUCCAUGAUAUAUUGUACCUAAAAACUAAAAAGAUAGAAAUUUUGAUAUGUAUCCAUAGAUGGAAUACGACAUAUAUAUAUAGG